CCUGACAUAUAAACAUCGAAAUUUUAUUCAAAUUUUUUUGACUCUAUCACAUUCGAUUUCUCUAUUUUUUCAAACGUGGCUGGCUAACUGAUAAUUUCAGAUACAUAUUUCGAAUACAAGAAUAUUUCUAUUGUGCACGAAUAUCAAAAUGGGUGAAGGUGAAAUAAAAUCAGAUUUAUCUGAUCCGAUUGCAUUUCUUAAGGAUUUCAUGGCUGGUGGUGUUUCGGCAGCGAUUGCCAAGACUGCAAUGGCACCGAUUGAACGUGUCAAAUUGCUUCUGCAAGUCCAGGCUAUAUCAAAGCAAAUUUCAGCCGACAAACAAUACAAGGGAAUGAUAGAUUGCUUUAUAAGGAUUCCUCGAGAACAAGGGUUUUUAGCAUUUUGGCGAGGCAAUUUAGCUAACGUCAUUAGGUAUUUUCCUACUCAGGCUUUGAAUUUUGCGUUUAAGGAUAAAUACAAACAGAUAUUCCUAAGUGGUGUUAACAAAAAAGAGCAACCGGGACGUUACUUCGUAGGCAAUUUACUAUCUGGCGGGGCAGCAGGUGCCACAUCACUUUGCUUUGUCUACCCAUUGGAUUUUGCGCGUACUCGAUUGGCUGCUGAUGUGGGAAAAGCUGGUCAACGUGAAUUUAAUGGACUGUUUGAUUGUAUAUUAAAGGUUUUCAAAAGUGACGGUCCGGUCGGAUUAUAUCGUGGUUUCAUUGUGUCCGUGCAAGGUAUUAUUGUGUACCGUGGGGCAUAUUUUGGGUGCUAUGACACAGCCCGUGAAAUGUUGCCAGAUCCUAAAAACUCACCGAUAUGGAUCAACUUUAUGAUAGCUGAAGCUGUAACUUCUAUGGCCGGUAUAAUUUCCUAUCCUUUCGACACGGUACGUCGGCGUAUGAUGAUGCAAUCUGGUUUAAAGGCAUCCGAACGCAUUUAUAAGAACACAGCACAUUGUUGGCUAGUUAUCGCCAAAACAGAGGGUCCAUUCGCUUUCUUUAAAGGUGCAUUUUCAAAUAUAUUGCGUGGCACUGGUGCUGCCAUCGUUUUGGUCUUGUAUGAUGAAAUAAAGAAAAUGCUUUAUUAAUAUAAAACUCUGCGAAACUUAAUUUUAGUAGUCUGAUGGGUAAAUGCAUGCAUUCGAAACGUGA